CGAUCCACAGCUGGAACGACGGCCUUGCCAAUAGCGCGCGUCGCACGAAUCAUCAAAGCAGACCAAGAGAUCGAUACAACGUCCAAAGAGUCCGUCUUCCUCAUCGCAGCCGCGACGGAGAUCUUCAUCAAGCACCUCUCCGACCAGGCAUAUGCUAACGCACGACUCGAGAAGCGAAAAGUUGUCCAUUACAAAGACCUGCAACGCGCUAUCCAACGCGACUGGACACUUGAUUUUCUUAAAGAGAUAGUGCCCAUGUCGAUGCCGCUUAGCGCAGCGCUCGCAAAGCGGCAGUUCAAGUUGGAGGACAAUCUCAAGAAUGAUGCAGGUGUCAUGGAUAGCGGCUCAGACGAAGGCCAAGAGGAUGGUAAAGACGAUGCAGCAUCCGAGUAG